AUGGUCACAGUCCACGUGUCCCUGCUAAGCGGCAGGGAAGUCUCUUUGGAAGCAGACCCGGAGGAAUCGCUGACCGUACUCAGGGAACGUGCUGAGAAGAGGCUUUCAGUCAAAGAAGGCCGGCUCCUGGACUCCUCUGGCAUGGUGCUGGAGGGCUCCCAAAGCAUCAAGAAGUCCAAGCUGGAGAAUGGGGCCACCUUGACACUGGUGAGGCGGCCCGUCAAGGUGUCCAUGAGCCUUAACCGUAUUGCUGUCAUCCGGUGCGACGGCUCCGUUGUGACACUGCUGAGCAGCCUGCGGCACGGCUGGGUCAAUGUUGGCGACGGUAGCUUCGCGACAGACCAGCUAUCUGACGUGGUGGAGGUUCACGCCGGCUGCAAAGGAUAUGCUGCGCUCAAGGGUGAUGGGUCUGUCGUGUUUCGGGGGGCACAUCCACCAGUUUGUUACGAGAACAUUCGCAUGGUCCAGACAACGACAACGGACUAUGAUUCAGGUCCUGGUUUCGCUGCCAUUGUGAAGGACGGAUCGGUUGUGACCUGGCCCAUUCAGCCCGACGAGACUCAGCAAGAGGAGCUCAGGAACAUAUCGCAAGUCCAAGAUUCUGCGCAAGGGUUCCUUGCGAUCCGGCGUGAUGGAAGGGUUGUGCCGAUUGGGUGGGAUGUUGAGGACAGAGCUGCUGUGCCGGGCCAUCUGCAGAACGUGAGCACGUACAGGUCACCAGCACUGGACAACCUGAGAGAGUGGCAUUUGCUGCCCUCCUCGGCGAUGGAAGCGUCGUGA